CCUGCUCCUCGCUGAAGAUGGAGGAAGUAAAAACAGGAUUACCCUUAGCUACAGAUCCACUGCCUUAGUUUCCACCACCAACUGCAGUGCACAAACACACGUUAGGCACAGGAAAGAAAGAAAGAGAGAGGGAGAGGACACACUAACAGUAAACACAAACAAAAGGGUGAUGGGAUUAUUUUACUGCAUGCACUGCUGAGCACCGCACUUUGACUAUGGAAGCAGAGGCUAUUGAUGGCUACUUAACAUGUGACAAUGAGCUUUCACCUGAAGGGGAGCACGCCAGUAUGGCCAUUGACCUCACCUCAAGCACACCCAAUGGACAGCACGCCUCGCCAAGUCACAUGACUAGCACAAAUUCCGUAAAGCUAGAAAUGCAGAGUGAUGAAGAGUGUGACAGGAAACCCCUGAGCCGCGAAGAUGAGAUCAGGGGCCAUGAUGAGGGGAGCAGCCUAGAAGAACCCCUAAUUGAGAGCAGCGAGGUGGCUGACAACAGGAAAGUCCAGGAUCUUCAAGGCGAGGGAGGAAUCCGGCUUCCGAAUGGUAAACUGAAAUGUGACGUCUGUGGCAUGGUUUGCAUUGGGCCCAAUGUGCUUAUGGUACAUAAAAGGAGUCACACUGGUGAGCGCCCCUUCCACUGUAACCAGUGCGGAGCUUCUUUCACCCAGAAGGGCAACCUUCUGAGACACAUAAAGUUACACUCUGGAGAGAAGCCGUUCAAAUGUCCUUUUUGUAGCUAUGCUUGUAGAAGAAGGGACGCUCUCACAGGACACCUCAGGACCCACUCCGUGGGUAAGCCUCACAAGUGUAACUACUGUGGACGAAGCUACAAGCAGCGCAGCUCACUGGAGGAGCACAAGGAACGCUGCCACAACUAUCUCCAGAAUGUCAGCAUGGAGGCUGCCGGGCAGGUCAUGAGUCACCAUGUACCGCCCAUGGAAGAUUGUAAGGAACAAGAGCCUAUUAUGGACAACAAUAUUUCUCUGGUGCCUUUUGAGAGACCUGCUGUCAUAGAGAAGCUCACGGCAAACAUGGGAAAGCGCAAAAGCUCCACUCCACAGAAGUUUGUGGGGGAAAAGCUGAUGCGGUUCAGCUACCCAGAUAUUCAUUUUGAUAUGAACUUAACGUAUGAGAAGGAGGCUGAGCUGAUGCAGUCUCACAUGAUGGACCAAGCCAUCAACAAUGCAAUCACCUACCUUGGAGCUGAGGCCCUUCACCCUCUGAUGCAGCAUGCACCAAGCACAAUCGCCGAGGUGGCCCCAGUUCUAAGCUCAGCUUAUUCUCAGGUCUAUCAUCCAAGCAGGAUAGAAAGACCCGUUAGCAGGGAGACGUCUGACAGUCACGAAAACAACAUGGAUGGCCCCAUCUCUCUCAUCAGACCAAAGAGUCGACCCCAGGAAAGAGAGGCCUCUCCCAGCAAUAGUUGCCUCGAUUCUACUGACUCAGAAAGCAGCCAUGAUGACCACCAGUCCUACCAAGGAAACCCUGCCUUAAACCCCAAGAGGAAGCAAAGCCCACCUUACAUGAAGGAGGAUGUCAAGGCCUUGGAUGCUACCAAGGCCACCAAGGGCUCUCUGAAGGACAUCUAUAAGGUUUUCAAUGGAGAAGGAGAACAGAUAAGGGCCUUCAAGUGUGAGCACUGCCGAGUCCUUUUCCUAGACCAUGUCAUGUACACCAUUCACAUGGGUUGCCAUGGCUACCGGGACCCACUGGAAUGCAACAUCUGUGGCUACAGAAGCCAGGACCGUUAUGAGUUUUCAUCACACAUUGUUCGAGGGGAGCACACAUUCCACUAGGCCUUUUCAUUCCAAAGGGGACCCCCAUGAAGAACUGCACAUGAAGAGAUACUGCACUUACAACCCCACCUUCCCUCUGAGGGUGACCUUCUUUCUCCUUAAAUACUGUCACUGUCCUUGAUUCUUAUUUUGUGGACAAAAUGUCAUUUGCUCUGCCUGAUUAUAGUAAGAAAGAAACCUGAGGAAAGGGAUGAGAUGCUCACUGGUAACCUGGCUUGUUUAUUUUGUGGGUGUUUAAAGCAGUCUAUUUCUGCUAUGCGUUCAGAUUAAGGCCUGUCCUGCUUUGGGAAAUCCUUUGGUUCAUAGAGAUUCACCUAAAAUAGUCUGGUUUGCCCUUGAUGUUCAGGAUCAUGAUGGAAGGUGGGGAAAUUGAGAGUUUUCUGGAUAGGACUCUGGUGAUUUGAAAUGCUCUAAGUAAUUUUACUCUCCAAGAUGUUUCAAAAUGUAAGCCUGUUUUAUUUUCUGUUCGUAGAGAUGAUGGAACACAAACACAUUGUUUUUCCCAAUAACUCCUAGGAUGAGUUGAAUUGUUGUGGGUUCUGUGUUUACCUCCCCUACGGAAUUUAUAAUUCAGUAUGUAUUACACUGUAUCAUAUAGUAAAACUUUUAAACUACAGGUAGUUAGGGGCCACUGUGAUACACCUGAGGUCCUUUAAUCUUAUUUUUCUAAACUUGUGCACUGUUUUUCCAUAGUUUUGAUGACUGGCAUUUUAUAGACACCUUGGCAGCCUUACUUUUAACACCUGUAACAAAUAGUAUUUUUAUGUAGUUUUCAGAAUAACAUAUGGUCGGUCCGAGAGUGGGUAGGAGGCAGUCAGCAGUUUCCAGGAAGAUUUCUGUUUUUCACAAUUUGGGAUUUUCUUUUAAAUUGUACUGUGACAGCAGCCUAAUAUCCGUUUUUGUUUCUAAAGAUGUGUUACGAUUGUCACUUUCUCCACACUUAAUCAGUGUUAACUGGUCAGCAGAAAAGUGUAAUUAGGCUAACAGUAGGGGAAAUCCCACUCUGAGAACCCUCGCCUGGUAUUUUUCUUCAAGCUGUGACCACUCAGUGUUCCGUUCAUAGUCCAUUCCUCUCUGACGCUUGGAAUAGAAGGUCUAAAGAAGCCUGGCUCCUUCUUUCAAAAUCUUGGAGCAACUACUAAUUGGACCUGAAUGUGGUCAUUUGAAUACUGGAAGGUCAUUUAUGAGCUAGGGCUCUUUACUCCACCAUUUCUUCAGUAAUAACAGUUACUACCUUUG